AUGUUGCCGGACGCAGAUUCUAAAGAUCAGCUUGUAACUAUCAUACAAUCAGUCAAGCCUCCCACCGUCCCCCCGCAUCGCUCGCACGACCCCGCCAACAACCUCAAGCGCACCGAUCCCUACCAGUUCGGCUCCCGCUACCUCGAGGAAGGCGACGAUGUCUUCGAGUUCAACGCCUGGGAUCAUGUCGAACCGGACGACGAGUUCAAAGCCUUCGCCGAAGUCCAAUACGCCAAGCAACGUGAAUCCCCCGUCUCAGACUUCGACAAGCAGCGCUUCAACAAGGACCCCGCGAAAUGGUGGAAUCUGUUCUACAAGAACAACACGUCCAACUUCUUCAAGGAUCGCAAGUGGUUGCGCCAGGAGUUUCCCGUGCUCGCCGAGGUAACGCAGAAGGGAGCGGGCAGGAAGGUCGUGCUGGAGGUUGGUGCCGGGGCGGGCAACACGGCGUUUCCGCUCAUUACACAUAAUAAGAACGAGGAGUUGAUGGUGCAUGCAUGCGAUUUUUCCAAGACGGCGGUGCAGGUGAUGCGUGAGAGCGAGCACUACAAUCCCAAGUUUAUUUCGGCGGAUGUGUGGGACGUGACAGCCGUGCCGGACGAGGAGAACAAUGGGCUUCCUCCGGGGUUGACGGAGGGGUCAGUAGAUGUGGUUAUUCUCAUCUUCAUUUUUUCCGCUUUGGCACCCAGUCAAUGGGACCAGGCUAUUCGGAAUGUCUAUCGGGUAUUGAAACCAGGCGGGCUCGUUCUGUUCCGUGACUAUGGGCGCGGCGAUUUGGCUCAGGUGCGAUUCAAAAAAGGCCGGUACAUGGACGAGAAUUUUUAUGUCCGCGGCGACGGCACCAGGGUCUACUUUUUCGAGAAAGAACAGCUGGAGAAGAUGUGGGGGACAUGGACGCCAGAGAAAGGUCUGCAGAUGGCUGAGGACAACUCCAUCGUGGCGGAGUCCGAGGGCGCAUUCGACGUGGAGAAGAUAGGCGUUGAUCGACGCUUGAUUGUCAAUCGCCAGCGGAAACUCAAGAUGUACCGCUGCUGGAUCCAGGCUCAUUACAGAAAACGCGAGACACCUGCCGCAGUGGAGGCUGAGAAGGCGGAUUCGUGA